CUAUCGGCGGCGCGCCUACUGCUGCUCAGUCUGGAUUGAGAGACAAUGUUAGAGGCAGCGAAGGAGACAGAGCUCGGGAUCAGCACAGGAGUCUGUCUAGAACCCAUCAUCAUAGUGUGGCAUUGAACCACACAAUAAAAGACUAAUGUUCAACUUGACCAGCAAGAACUACAAUUCCUCCUGAGAUCAUAAAAGGACAGGGGAUAAAUUGCAACCUGAUCAUCUGGGUGGAAACUGAUAGAAAUGAGUUGACUUCAGUAAAGAGUAAAAUCAGGUAUGAAACGGCCAUUAAAUCCUCCUCUACCUCCUGAAAGUGGAGACGCAGAUCCUUCCUUGGUGAAUGAUGACGCCACAGAAUUACAAUCUGUAGUUACGGACAGCACGCAGAAGCGGGAAAAGAAACUCCAGACUUUCACUCUUUGUGGUGUGUGUAACAUCCAACUCAACUCUGCUGCCCAGGCCCAGAUCCACUACAAUGGAAAAUCCCACCAAAAACGGCUAAAAAAGCUCCAAAAUGGAAAAAUGCCCACCAGCCAAGGUUCUACAGGCCAAAGCAAUAGUGUGCUAGCAUCCCUACAGCUGCAAGGUCGAGCCAUGCAGCAAGCUCUCGAUAUGAAACACUUACUACCCUUUCGGCUGAACAACCCCUCUCCUGUUGGAUUAUUCCCCAACUUCAGCACAAUGGAUCCAGUCCAAAAGGCAGUAAUAAAUCACACGUUUGGCGUCACACUGCCACCCAAAAAGAAGCAAGUAAUCUCUUGCAAUGUCUGCCAUCUGAGAUUCAACUCUGAGAACCAGGCUGAGGCACACUACAAGGGUCACAAACACGCCCGAAAGCUCAAAGCUCUGGAAGCCCUGAAAAAUAAGCAGAAAGCUGCAGCAGCCAAGGAGGAUGACAUGACACAGGCAAUUCACAAUCCAGACGACACUAUGAGCGAUGCAGAGAAAACAGAGGAUUGUCCAACCACACCAAUGGGUGAGAAAACAAAAGGUAAUUCUACCUCAAUGGUUCAUGUAUCAAAAGUAUUUCUGGUGGAAAAUGCUGGCACCAAGACAUCAGCCAUGUUUUCCUGCUCAGAAGCUACGAAUGGCAGGUCGGAAAAUGACAUUGCAACGUCAGUAAUGCACACUGCAGAGAUCAUUCGAAGUGAGGGCACUGACAGUGUUAGCUCAGCCCCUGAAAGUGAGAAAGAAGGAGAGAAAAUGAAACAGCAGCUUUACUGCGCAGUUUGCAAAGUGACGGUGAACUCUGCAUCUCAGCUCGAGGCACACAACAAUGGGUCCAAGCAUAAGUCAAUGCUGCAGGGACAGAACAGUCACAGCAGAAGAAGCAGACUGAGACUCUUCCCACGGACUUUGUACAAAACCAAACGCAUCGGUAACAAAGGGAGCAUCGGUCUACAGAGCAAGGCUUUUCACUGUAAUAUCUGUGAGAUUUAUGUUAACUCUGAAACACAACUCAAACAGCAUAUGACUAGUAGAAGACAUAAGGAGAGACUUACAGGAAAACCAUCUAAGCCUAAAUACAGUCCUUAUACCAAGCUUCAACAGACUGCGGUGUUGGCGACAAAGAUGGCUUUUCAGAAGCACCUCACAAAACCAUUGGCAACUGGCUUCUUACCAAAUCCUCUAACAGCAGCUGCUGUCUGUGCAAUGCCAAACCUUGCUCUUCGACCGACUACACUCUUCCAGACACCAUUUCUCGGACCAGCCUUCUUCAGAGCCACUCCAGGUCCUCUGAGGGCAACACAUACACCAUUUCUGUUUGCACCAUAUUGACUUCAGGGUUCAAAUCAUCACAGACAUUUUGGAAACUAAAAGGGAACUAUGCAGUCAUAAAUGUGAACAUUAUAAGUUAUGCAUGGCAGACUUCUGCCUCCUUGCUUCAACAUCUAUUGUCAGCAGUUUUAUACUGCAAAUAUAUUUAGAUGAACUUCAUAUUAAGAAAAUAUGGUUUCAGUUACAAAGACAAUUACAGAACUGAUUUAGAUGUGCGUAGAUUUCUGGUAGAACCAUGGGCUACCAAUCUAUUUUGCACAAUAUUUUUGUGAGUUCUUUAACAUGUGUCAGUUGCUAGUGAAGAUAUUGAGUGCGAGGGCAGUUUUUUUUAUACAGAAAUAGAAUCAAAAAUCUGAAAAAAAAAGAACACUUUGAAGAAAAACGAUUUUGAAGCCAAAACAAUUGAUGAGAAAUCGAAUAGCACAUCACAGGACUUUUUGCUGUCCAAAGAAGGAUACGUGAAUGGAUAGCCGAAGAGUGGUCCUAGCUCAUUGCCUCAGUUGGAUAGAUAACAUGGAGAAAAUGAAAUGUCAGCCCCAUUUUAGUUAAGGGUGCCUAUUUGAUAUAAAGGUUCAGGAGGCAAUUUGAACCCAUUGCAAAGAAGUACAAAAUUGCAGCUGACUUUCCUGUACGCAGCCCUCAUUCAUCAGUCAUCAUCGUCCAUCAUACUGCGAGCUUCACAAAUGUCAAGCCAAUGAGGCUGGAAGUGGAUGGAUCUGAAAUGUUUCAAAGCAUUAGCCGAUUUGAUCCUAAUUGAGAUAAUGAGCACACUGUCUCUGUGUACAAGUUUAUUGCUAACUGCUUUCGAAGAUCUAAUAAGAAAAUACUAAUGGAAGACUGGAUCAGAAAAUCAUAUAUGUUCCAACGAUUCAUAUUGAUAGGUUAUCACCAAUUUUAAUAAAUUCUAUUUAAAGCAUCUUGAUAACAUUCAAAGCAAAUUAUUUGCUAGGGGCAUUAUUUUAUGGUUCCUAUCAAGCAAGCCAUUUAGUUUUCUGGCAAAGUUCAGAAUUUGGAUUUUAGUAUUCAAUGUUUUCGAAACCUUGCCUCAUAGAGGCCCAUAUUUUAUACUUAAAAACGCUAAUGUUUUGAAAGGACGCAUUUAGUAGAUUUGAGACCGAGCGAAACACUUCAGAUAAUGACUCGUAACAACCACAGUCGUGUAAGCAAAGCACAGUUAAAUCUGAAGCAAAUUAUUUUUAAUUACACCAAAAGUCAAUUUUGGGCAUUCACACGUUUUUCCCCAAAUAGGUUCAUUUAUUUGAGGUUUGGAAUUUGCUUUAGACAUAGCAAGUCACCAAAAAGGCCAGCAAGGAUUUAAUGUAUACAUUUCACCAAAGGAAGUAGUGUUUUAUUAGCCUAAUGUGGUCUUCCAUGCCAAUGAUAGUUUAUGGAUUAGGGGAAGUAUAGAUUCAUUGGAAACACCUACCAUUCCACCACCCUAUUGUCUCUGAAGUUAUGGAUUGUUUGUCUAACCCUAUUUUGCUUGGCUUAGUACAGAUACAGAGAAAGUUGUUUUAUAAAAUAUUUUCAUUGAUAUUCUAGUGCUUUUUGCUAUGUAGUUUAUGUAGACUGAGAUAUUAGCCUUAUUUAGGUUUGUUAUGCAAACCAUUUUUUUUUCUGAUAGCCUCCACUGUUGAUUCCUACAAUUAUCAUUUUGUUAGAAGAAUACAACUGUGCUAGAUGAGGGCCCUUGUGGUGCAGUGGUAGUGUCCCUACCUCUAAGCCUGGAGUCCUGGGUUCAAUUCAUAUCCUACUCCAGAAGGAUGUAACAACAUCUAUGAAAAGAUUGAUUAGAGAAUAUCUGCAAGCAUGCUUGAGCUGUUGUAGUACAGUGGUAGUGACCCUGCCUCUGGGCUGUUGUAGUUCAGUGGUAGUGUCCCUGCCUCUGGGCUGUUGUAGUUCAGUGGUAGUGUCCCUGCCUCUGAGCUAAGAGAGACUCAGGUUCAAGUCCCCUCUACUACAGAAAUAUCAUAACAUCUCUGAACCGGUUGAUUGCAAAUGUGUUUUACAUAUAAAAGUUAAUUGGUUUAAUAGCACUCAUUGUUAUAGACUUGCCUUUGUAUCACACAUAGAAAAGGAAUGGUGUGUCUAAUAAGUGGAUUAAGCACCAUUCUUUCCAUACCGUCUCAUCAGUUGUUUUAAGCAAACACUAUCACACUGCUCCAGAUUCCCUACGUCUUUCUUAAUGCGCGAUUCAAACAAACAAACACUGUGAAUAUCAUCCUCAUCAUCUCAGGCUUUCCACUAUGAAUAUCAUUUUACCAAAAACUUCAAAAUGUCAUCGGUCACUGGGUGAUGGGUCUUUUGUGUCUGUAUGUUGUUAACUAUUUGGAAUCAUAUGACUACAUACCACCAUUUGGUUAUAGAACAAUCCAGGAUUGCAGAUAAAUCCUCUCAUGUUCUCUUUGGGCUGUCACAUCUAUGAUAUUUACAAAUACAGUAACUGCUGAAAAGUAUUUUGAUAAUAGCUAUUUUUCUGUCAAUGUUGGCUGCCACCAGUCCAUCAAUCCCCCUUGAAAGCCUCUCAUCAUACAGAUGAGUGAACACUCGGUUAGAAAUGUAACAUUUCAAGUUUAAUAAAUCAAACGC